UUGAUACGCUUAUGUUGUCCUCUGUUAGAGACAAGGUGACAUAAUCAUCGGACUGUCAUCGAUGGUGGAAAUUCAGAGUACCAAGAUAGUCAACGUCGUUGUAAACAGUUGAAAGAGAAGGGCCUUCUGUUUGUUGGAUCAGGUGUAUCUGGUGGUGAAGAUGGUGCACGAUAUGGGCCUUCACUUAUGCCAGGAGGCAACCCUGAGGCAUGGCCUAGUAUAAAGAGUAUUUUUCAGUCAAUUUCUGCAAAGGCAAAUGGUGAGCCAUGCUGUGACUGGGUAGGAGAAGAUGGCGCUGGACACUUUGUGAAAAUGGUUCACAAUGGAAU